UCCUGUGCCAAAACCCCGAUAUGUGCGAUCCUAACAUUGAAAACCACAGGGGAUAGCAGCACUUCGCGUGUAUGGUAUUGCUGCAACACGAUCACAACACAAGCAACAGACAAGCUAGUAGCUGCACACACAAACGAGUCUCGGGGAAUUGCCACCACAACAGUUCCGUGGCGGAGAAAAACCGGCGGAAAAUCGGGAAAAUGCCCGGGACGGAGCUGUGGGCUCGACCACACGCAACGCGCGGCUACGAUGUCGGAGGGUGCAAGCGCGGGACCUUCCGACGCCUCACAGGCCUCACAGGCCUCACGGGCUANUGCUGGCGGUCCUUCCUCUGCGGAUCAGGGAGCUGUCGCUGCGGACCCGGAGGCAACCGGCGAGGCUAUCGAUGAGGUGCUAGCCGCCAACGACCCCGUCAAAAACAGCAACGGCAAACGCGCGUACCCGGAGCCCAACUUCCCGAUCGAGCGGUCAGGAGCAGUGGGAGGGAAAGGGAGCUACCCCAUCCGUCUCCAGGUGCCUCGGAAGCGUAUCAUCGAGUGGCUGAAGCAGGAGGGGCAGCUCAGGGAGAAGGUCAGCGCCAACCCCAAGCUUUCGAAGGCCAAGCAGGUUCACAGCGGAGGGAAAGCUUCGACAGUCGACGCCGAACAAGCCCUUGUGGACUACAUCAACGAGCAGCGCAAGCUGCACCGCGGUUGUGGUAAUCGGGAGGUGAUGAACAAGCUGCUCGAGCUGAAGCCUGACGCCCUUGGCGGGAUGCCGGCGAACGCGAAACCGGAGGAGGCGCUGGCUUUCAAGGUCAAAUUCAACUCCUGGUACCAACGGUUCCGCAAGCGGAAUGGGUUCAGCAUUCGCCGGCGUGCCAGCGUGGGCCAGAAACUGCCGAAGGGGUACGAGGGUAUGGCGUGGGCGACGGUGACGAAGCUGCGCGAGGCUCUCGUAAAGCGCGCCGGUGAGAUCUACGCUCGGCGCCACCCGCCGGCACCUGACGAGAGCCCCAUCAAAGGGGAGGAUCUGACUUCCGAGCAGCCGGCGUCUGUGGAGGCGGAGGUUUUCGAGGAACUCGGAAACAUGGACCAGACGCCAGUCCAGCACGAGAUGCCGGUGGAGACCACUCUGGAGGAUACCGGUGGGAAGGAUGCUCGCAUCAGCACAGGAGGCAAAGAGAAGGAACGCUUCACGCUCGUUCUGGCUGUCAUGGCGGACGGCAAAAUGGUUUCGCCGUGCAUCAUCUUCAAGGGCACGCCGUUCAUCCCCCCGACCGUGAGCGGCAAGGGCAAGAGCACCCUGCCGCGGAAGAACUCCGUCGCGUGGGAGGUCCAUCCUGCGAACCGCGCCAAGCACGGCCACCCUGCCAACGGCAUGUCCUUCGGCGUGCAGGAGAAGAGCUGGAGUGGCCAGCAGGAGUGUAACGGGUGGAUCCCGGGCAGCUGGAAGCUCUGUCCCAACAACGGCAGCAUGNUCCGUCCCAACAACGGUAGCAUCGUCCAGCAGCGCCCGUGCAUCCUGGUGCUGGACGACUUCAAGUGCCACAAGGACGAGGGUUUCAUCGCCGCCCUCAACAGAGACGCCAACACCAUCGUCAUCUUCAUCCCAGGCGGGUUGACGCCCUUGCUCCAACCGCUCGACCGCAUGCUCAACAAGCAGAUGAAGCGGCUGCUGCGGGGCAAGUACACCGCUUACAGCGCGCCGGCGGUCGCAGACGCCCGGUCGGGGAAGCUGAAGCCACCGGAGCGUGGGGUCGUCUCUACGUGGUGCAAGGAAGCGUGGGAGUUCGUCACCUCCGAGACGGUGAACACUUGCUUCAAGAUCUGCGGUCUCACGCUCGCGCUCGACGGCAGCGAAGACCACGCCUGCACGCCGUGUAUCGCUGAGCACCCCGACGUGACUCUCCCGCCGCUCAAGCUGCCGAAGGUACCAGAGGGGUUCGACUCCAACCCCAUCACGGCUGCUCAGAAGGAGGUCGAGGGGAAGCUGCUGCCCUACGUCGCUGAUGAGAGCGACAGCGAGGUGGAGGUCUUGGAGGGCGACAGCGACGUGGAAGUCGUGGAGGGGCAGGGGGGCGGGGGCGCCGAAGGAGAAGUAGUCGAACUUUGAAUCAUAGUUCUUUGGGAUUGCCAGUGAGAUUGGAUGUUUUUGCGAUGGUAGGGGCGCGGGCACGAAGUAGAGUUCAACCCGCCUAGGAAGUACAGCAGUAGGACGUUGGUAGCUCGUAGUGGUAGUUUGGUGUGAUUUUUUCCUUCGUUUUUGGUUUCAUCUGCGUUUAGAAUUGUCGAGUGGAUGCCGUUUGCCGAUUUGCCGAUCUUGAUUCUUCAGAACGAAAAGAAG